AGCGACUGGGUCUAAUCUCCAGGACAAUGCGCGCUCCUGGAUUGCGUAUUUCUCGGUUUAUUCGACACUAUCCCCUUCGCUACUGUGACAUUUCCUCUCAGCAUCGCAACGGAUGCCGAACUCUAUCUCAUUAUGUGGGCGGCCCUGUCUUGCGCUCGAACUUCACAGCGUCAGUUAUGACCUUAGAAUCCAAAAGGAGCGCGAAGACCAAGUCUACAGUGAAGUUGAAGGAUCUUCCACAGGGAGCCUUGAAGUUAGCACCAUAUGACGAUGGUAGUGUCGAUGAUGCGCCUCGUUAUCCUGCUGUUUUGCAGGGGCAUUGGAACAACAUGCAAAAGUUCAAGAACUGUAUUGUUUUAACACGGGUCGGAGGAUUCUAUGAGCUAUACUUUGAACAAGCCGAAGAGUUGGCGCCGCUGCUCCAUUUAAAGCUUGCGUCUAGGAAGACCAGUGCCGGUCCGGUUCCUAUGGCAGGAUUCCCAUUUUUCCAGCUGGAUCGAUUCUUGAAAGUCCUUGUCCAAGACCUCAACAAAUACGUGGCGAUCAGUGAAGAGUUUGCCGUCAAGGCCGAGGAUAAAGAGCGGACUGGACUCCUCUUUGACCGACGGGUAGCCAGGAUUAUCACUCCAGGGACUUUAAUUGAUGAAAAGUUUAUGGAUCCGUCUGAAAACAAUUUCAUUCUGGCUAUAUACAUAGAUGUGCAAUCUUCAAGGUCUCAAUUAGAACGCCUAGACGAUACCUCCUCGCCCUUGUAUCAGCACCUAUUUUCAUCCGCAUCACAGAGAGUAGGUUUGGCAUGGAUAGACCUUUCAACAGGAGACUUCUUUACACAAUUCACCACGCCCCAAAUGCUUCCGUCUGCUGUCGCGAGGAUCGGUGCCCGUGAAGUGCUAGUCGAUCAGAACAUCCGGGAUUUGGUCGGUGCAGAUUUCCAAGUUCUAACUGGGCAAGACCAUCGUCUUGUUACAUUUUAUGACUUCCCUCAUAAUAUCGCACCGAUGUCAGAAUGGGAAUCCAUGCUUGAGGCACCCAUAUCCUCGGACGCCGCCGCUUCGUUUACUCCGGAAGAGAUCGCAGCUGGCUACAGCUUACUGCAGUAUAUUCGAGUCCAGUUACAGGGAUUAAAUAUGCAACUUCAGCCUCCUUGUCGUCGCCAUCUUGAUCAGUCAAUGGGCAUUGACCGCAAUAGUUUAAGAGGACUAGAAAUUUUGGAAACGUCACGAGACGGGUUUGGGAAAGGGAGCCUUCUUCAUGCGGUCCGACGAACCACGACGAGGAGCGGAGCUCGUCUUCUGAGAGAUCGCCUGACAUCCCCAUCUACGUCGUUGCAGGUGAUAAAUGAACGCCUUGACUUGGUUGCGGCCUUGCUAGAGGAUGAGGAGCUGCGCAGCGACAUAGUACAGUUACUAAAGCGCAGCUAUGAUGCGCAACGCAUAGUUCAGAAGUUCACACUCGGAAGAGGAGACGCGGACGAAUUGAUCUGUCUUUCCAGAGCCAUAGAAGCCUCGAAAGAAAUUAGACGAGUUCUAACUGACAAGUGCAACAUCGAUAUCCAUGACUCAGCUGUCGGUGAGACUUGCAGUAUCCAGCGCAGUCUUGCUUCUAUAGUUGACCGGCUGCAUCUCGAUGGACCUGCCGAAUUGGCAGAUAAAAUCUUAGCCGCCAUUGACGAAGAGGGUCUUUUACAAAAGCAGCGGAUUGAAGAUAGCACAGCCGCACAAACAGCAGCUUUAGCUCAAGAAGUUGCUACUAACGAAGGUCUACAAGAAGACAUUGAUUCACUUCCCAAGAGAGUGAGAUCGAAAUCCGGGACUCAACCUGGUACAGCGACGGAUUCGGAAUCUGAUUCUACGGAGACGUGGAUUAUGCGACGUGAUGCCAGCUCAUUCCUACGAGGACUACAUGAUAAACUGGACCGCUUGGUAAAUGAAAAGUCUGCAUUGACUCAGCGACUUCGAGAAUCCGUGGGCUCGUCUGCUUUGUCUCUCAAAUGGACGCCAGGUUUGGGAUACAUCUGUCACGUCAAGGGAGCAAAGAUCAGCCAGGAAUCUUUGGAGGAGCUGGGUGUCACGCGAAAUGUCUCUUCAACCAAGUCGACGCGCUCAUUUUACCUCCCAGCAUGGUCUGAACUCGGCGGUCAAAUGGAUCAGGUAAAACUCCAAAUCCGUCAAGAGGAGCAGCGGAUAUUCGAAAGUCUGCGUCGCAAUGUUAUUUUGAACCUAGUCAAAAUACGACGCAAUGCAGCCGUCAUGGAUGAAUUAGACGUUGCAUGCUCAUUUGCCGCUUUGGCACAAGAACAACAAAUGGUCCGGCCCAUUCUGAACGAGGGCAUAGCCCAUAAGAUUGUGGCCGGGAGACAUCCGACUGUGAAACUGGGGCUGGAAGAACAAGGCCGACGGUUCGUCAGCAAUGACUGUUUCCUGGGGGAUGGAGGCCGGGAAAGGAUCUGGCUCAUCACCGGCCCGAACAUGGCCGGGAAGAGCACAUUCCUACGGCAGAACGCCUUAAUCACGAUUCUUGCGCAGGUCGGCUCUUUUGUCCCAGCAGCAUAUGUAGAACUUGGUAUCGUGGACCAGAUCUUCAGCCGUGUAGGGGCUGCGGAUGAUCUGUUUCGAGAUCAGUCAACCUUCAUGGUGGAGAUGCUAGAAACCGCGGCGAUUUUGAAGCACGCCACGCCACGCUCGUUUGUGAUCAUGGACGAAGUCGGCCGAGGUACGACACCUGAAGAUGGGACGGCAGUCAGCUUCGCAUGUCUGCAUCAUCUCCAUUAUCGUAAUCGAUGCCGGACACUGUUUGCGACGCACUUCCACGCUCUGGCGGAUAUGACACGGGACUUUGACAAACUGGAGCGGUAUUGCACUGAUGUGAAGGAGAUGCCGUCUGGAUCAUUUUCGUUCGUCCAUCGGCUGCGAAAGGGGGUGAAUCGUGAAUCUCAUGCCCUGAAAGUUGCGCAGCUAGCUGGAUUGCCUGUUGAGGUACUUAAAAUGGCUGAGCAGAUUCGGCGGAAAAUAAGAGAUCAUGAAGACGCGUUGCCAGAGUUGAAGGCGCAGGACAAAGUUGCUGGUAGCGCAGCCUGACUGUCUGGCACGCAGCACGGCGGCUGGCCGUCGAUGUACAUGGCAUUUCAAAUUGUCUCAUACUGCAUGUCAUAAGUCACAGUCUCUAUAUUCUAUGUACAAUAUGCCUUUUAUACCCCUUAUGCUUUUAGUAUCAGAUAGGAAGCACAUAUAUGUAGCUAUAUAAAAUGGAAUUUCU